AUGUUAGAUAAACGUAUAGAAUUUGAAAUGUUAGACCAUAAACCAUCAAUGUUAUCUCAGAUGAAAAACAAAAUUAUCAUGUUACUACAAAAUGAUUGUAGUAAAAAAGAUAUGAUUAAAAAAAAUGAAAGGUUGAAUGGUGAUACUAACAAAAUAUCCCACUUACCUAAUCCUAAAGUAGUAUUAUAUCCUCCUGAACGUGUACAACUAGGCUGGCAAGAUAAAAAAAUGUCAGUUGGUUCUGGAUUAGAUAAUCCUGGUGUAAUAUGUUACAUCAAUUCUACAUUACAAGCACUAUUUCAUAUCCCUGCAUUUACAAAUUGGCUUAUGAGUGAUGGACAACAUCAAAAAACAUGUCAAAAAAAAACUGGAUUUCAAAAAGAUUGUAUUGUAUGUAUGGUCUGUAAUACAUUCAAACUAUCUAAAAAACUCACUGGUUCUAGCUUCAAAGCAUCAAUCAUAACUAAUCGCCUUUCAUUAAUAUGUAAACAUUUGUCAACAUAUCGUCAAGAAGAUGCCCAUGAGUUCCUUCGUUAUCUUAUCGAAAGUAUGGAACAGUGCUAUUUGUCCGCUUUUGGACCUGCUGCUAAAUCUCUAGACAAUUAUUCUAAAGAAACAACACCUAUUAACCAAAUAUUUGGUGGUUAUAUGCGCACUGAAGUAAUGUGUGGUAAAUGUGGACACAUAUCAACUACAUUUCAACAUUUCCAAGAUCUCAUACUUGAUAUCAGACACUCUGAUAAUGUUAACGACGCUUUAGAUAACUAUUUUAAAAAAGAACCAUUAGAUGAAUCAUAUUUAUGUGAAAUAUGUCAACGACAAGUUGCUGCUGAUAAAAAGUUCUCAAUUGAAAGAGCACCAAACGUUUUAUGCAUUCAGCUGAAGAGGUACAGUAUUGGUAUGGAUGGAUAUAGUGGAAAUAAAAAUAGUAAAGCUAUUCAAAUAAAUGAACGAUUAGAUUUAUCCAGUUAUCAAUUUGAUCAUCAUACGUUUAAAAUUGAUGUUCGACCAUUAAGAUACCAUCUGGUAUCUAUGAUAAUUCAUUAUGGUUCAAGUUUACAUUGUGGACAUUACACAACUCUUGGUUUAACACCCUCUGGAUCUUAUUACUGUUUCAAUGAUUCAAAUGUUUAUCGAACAAAUUUCAAAAAUUAUUCGACAAGUAAUGAUUCCUAUAUAAUAUUUUAUGAAUUGGAACCAUCAGGAAACAUGAAUAACACAAAUUUAGAAAGGAAGACGUCUACUGUAACAUCUACUUCAACUUGUAAACCGUCUACAAGAGAAAUGGAGUUGAAAAGCCUUUAA